AUGGUGGUGAUUCCAUGGAAUUCCUCUGAUUUGUUGAUGUAUUUGUCCAUUAAACUAAAAGUAGGUAUUGAGACAGAGAUGGAUGAGGUUCAUGGGUCUGGGUAUUUUGAUCUGAAGUCUAUUUGGCUAGAUCAUCAGUCUCCGGGUCAAGACAUCAAUCUUUGGGCCAAUUAUUCACAAGAUCUAAUUGGGAAUCCCAUCAAUAAUGAAUUUACAACUAUUGUUUUACCUCUGCUUUAUCUCCUUAUCUUCUUGGCAAGCAUCUUUCUGAAUAGCUUGGCCGUAUGGAUUUUCUUCCACAUCAGAAGCAAGACCAGCUUUAUAUUCUACCUCAAAAACAUUGUAGUUGCAGAUUUGCUGAUGACUCUGACAUUUCCAUUUAAAAUUAUUGAAGAUUCAAGGCUGGGGCCAUGGUACUUCCAUUUUUUCCUAUGCCGGUUUACAAAGGUUUUGUUUUAUGCCAGCAUGUAUACAACAAUCGUUUUUCUUGGACUUAUUAGCCUUGAUCGAUAUCUGAAAGUGGUAAAACCAUUUGGAGAUUCCAGGAUGUACAGCAUUACUUUCACUAAGAUUCUGUCACUUGUGGUUUGGAUUGUUAUGGUGUUUUUAGCUUUGCCAGAUCUGGUCCUGACUAAUAGUUACCCAACUAGGAUAAAUACCAGUGACUGCUUAAAACUGAAAAGCCCAUUUGGAGUCAAAUGGCACAAUGCUAUCAUUUACUUCAAUAAUGGCAUAUUUGUCAUUGUGCUGAUUCUAUUAAUAGGAUGUUAUAUUGAAAUAUCCAAGUAUAUCUAUAAAUCCAGCAAGCAGUUUAUUAGCGCUUCAAGUCACAAGAGGAAACACAGACAAAGCAUAAGGGUGGUGGUGACCGUAUUUUUUAUUUGCUUUGUGCCAUACCACCUAUGCACAAUCCUUUUUAAUUUGUGCCAGUUAGAUAAUUAUUUAGGUGCUUCAGCCCACAAGAUCUUGUACUACUGCAAGGAAGUGGCUAUUUUCCUAUCGGCAAGCAAUGUCUGCCUAGAUCCAAUCAUCUACUUUUUUAUGUGUAGAUCGUUUUCACGGCGGCUUUUCAGAAAAUCAAACAUACGGACAAGGAGUGAAAGCAUCAGAUCCUUUCAGAGUAUCAAAAAGUCAGAAGUGAGGAUUUAUCAUGAAUAUACUGAUUUGUGA